UUUCAGGCAACUUCCUUUACCUCCCAAUUGUAGAAAGAUCAGCUCUCGUUGGUGCUGCUUUUGAAGCUUUGAUUUACAGGCUCUUUGUCUAGUCACUUCCAGAAAUUUGCGUCUGGCCGAGACUGGCAGGUGGUGUGAAGGAAAAAGUCCGAACACGCUCAUACCAACCGAGACCCAGCGAGUGUCCGGACCUUUUUUCCUACCACCUGACGGGGUACUUUUUGGAGUGUCCAGCCGAUCGUCCUGUUAGAGAAAGUGUGAAUAGCCAGAUUAUGUGACAACGAAAUAUGCGCAUGCUUACACGCCGAUGGACUACGAAAGUUCGUUACAUUUAUUUCUCAUAAUUGAAAAAGGUGUCUUGCUCUUUCUCUUCCUCUUCUGUUGUCUUCUUCUUCUUCUUCUUUUUGUCAAUUGUACUUCGAACCUCCCCCCCCUUUUUUUUUCUUCUCUCUCUCUUUACACCGGUCACGUAAGGUACGGUAAUCACCGCUGCAGAAAAGAGUGCCACCUGCAAACAUCCACUCGUGAGAUCCAUCCGACCUCCAAGUCGGUGGCCUCCAGCCUCCUUGGCUUCACCACGAGACCCCUGAUCCCUUCCGGCCAGCUGCCUUCUCUUCAACCGCCAAAGGAACCGACCCACCAGUUCCAAGGACGGUCCCACACCGCAGAUUGCGAUACCCCAGAGAAAUAAACAGGACGACCUAGGGAGCAUUCCCAAACCUUACUUCAACAGCAUCUUCGACUUUUACACAAACCAAAUCAUAUAACCUACCUUCAUCCCCGAAUACGACCGGCUCCCGCCUACCGCCCCCUCCCCGAUCGAGUGAAACCUAGCGGAAGCGAGCAGUCAACCGAAAACACACUUCACAUCUCAUAUCAUGGGCGCAAAGACGGGCCUCUUUCUCCGGGGCCUGCAGGGCCUCCUCCGCGGCAUCCAGUUCGGCUGUGCCGCCACGGUGUUGGCCCUGACCUCUUACUGGUUGGCCACCAUGGCCAACCAUGGCCUCGACAUUGACGUCCACCUGCGCGCCGUCGAGGGUAUCUCGGGCGGUAUCACCGCAUACACCCUGAUCACCAUCUUGCUACUAUGCUGCAUCCCCGGCCAGCCGUUCUUCUCUUUCAUCAUGAUGGUGGUUGACGUUUGCUGCGCUGGCGCCCUCAUCUACGUCGCUAUUCGCAACAAGAACGGCGCCAGCACGUGCGACGGCAUCGUCGACACUCCUUACGGCAAGGGAAACGCUGACACCAACGUUGUCGAUAACGGCCAUGGCGGCUUCACCGUCCUUCCUAGCUUGCACCAUGCUUGCAAGAUGGAGACGGCUUGCUUGGCGGUGUCGAUUAUCGGAUGCGUUGUCUUUAUCCUCUCCCCCUUCAUGGAAGUCGUCCUCGUCCGCCAUCGCAAGAAGGAGAAGCGCUAUGGCCCCUCGCCCGCCAACGACUACACCUCCGGCUCUGGUCGCAAGCCGGGUUUCUUCGCCAGCCUGCGUGGCAAGGGUAGCGGCCACCCCGACGCCGAUCUGAUGAACAACAAGUUGCCUGAGCACACCAGCCCUUCGGACGUCCGUGAUAGUUACACGACGGAGCAGACCCGUGUGGGCGGGAACACGGGUGCUUACGGUAGCUAUAACCCGUACAACGAGACGUCGGUCGGCCAGCAGCAGCACAGCACCACGGCGUAUAGCCCACCUCAUGCUGGUAACAACUACAACAAGUAUGAUAUGAGCUUUGGUCAGCAGCAGCAGGAUAUUGCUAUGGGGCAGUAUCCCAACAAGGGCGAUCAUGUUUAUGACCGGAGAUAAAGGAAGGGCACUGCUUUUUGAGUAAUGAGGGUUUCUGCUGGGAGAUAGCGGCAGUUUGAAGAAGAUGGGCUGGAUACAUUGAGACGAUAACCUGAUGGAGGAAAGGGACAUGAAUUGCAGCAGUACCAAGUCUCACGACUUCGACUGAGAGGGGAGCCAGACCGAGUAUAUUGGAAGCACCUCAACGGCUGGUACAAAAACGAAACAGACGGGGGAAGAAACAAACCACCUACCCGACGGACAACAACAAACUUCACGACUGCUCUCCCAAUGCGGAAAUAAUCGAAACAUGUCUCGCCAGGGCUGGAUCACCAUCCUGUGCGGAUCCGGCGUUGAUGGAAUAUAUACCAAGUCAUGUAUCAGAGUUUACGUCACACUGAUUUGAAGAAGAAGAAGAAGAAGAAGGCGAAGAAGGGUUGAGAUAAAGAGGAUUCGCAUACACACGGAACCAUAGGAAUCAAGAUACCCCGAACGGAAAGACACACCUACACGGUAUGAUGGCAUGGGUCAGGUUUUGUAAUGUACAACACUGUACACAUUCUAAACUCAGAUACUCCUGCGUAAUAUUAAUUGAUGAAGACUCAAAACUACCACCCUCGCUGGCCGUGUUUAUGUAUCUUAUUCUCUCAAUUUUUAUCUAUUAUUUUUCGCAUUGCAUGACAUCGUUGAUCGUCUUCGUUCGGU